ACAGUCUUGUUUACAACAGUCAACAGUUUUUGACAACAGUUGUUGACAACAGUUUACACUCAACUACUCUGUUCAGACUACACGACUUGCAAAAACAUAGCGAUGGCGAAUUUCAAGCUUUCCAGUGACAUGCAUACGAACUCGUCGACUAGACGUUGCGAUGAAUGGUCAUCUGAAGAUGUGAAAGAGUGGCUUUGCUCAAAUGGCUUCAGGAAAUAUAGCGAAUUUUUGUGUGACAUGCAUGAAUUGGAUGGUGUCGCCUUGAUAAUGCUUUCCGAGGAGGAUUUUAGACGUCCUCCAUUAUGUGAAACGUUUCAAGUGCUAGGUGAUGUGAAGCGACUCCUGGCGGCUCUCAGAAAGCUACAAAUUGAAAAUUCUGAUACCCUGAAAGAGCUUGGCAUUGAUAUGACCACUGAGGAAGUGCUACAUUCUGGCUCUAGGCCAAUCCACAUUCAUAAACAUUAUGGCCAGAAGUAUAGCUGUGGGCCAGUGCAACGCAGUGACAGUACAGAUUCUCCAGACGUUUCGCUACAUCCUGCGACUAGCAGAGGCACCUGUGAUACAUGUUUCCCUCCGGAAAUCUGGAAAACAUUGAUAGCUGCAGGAUACAUGAAUGUUGUACUCCUGGUCACAUCAUUUGUCAUGGUGAUAGUACAUGACAGAGUUCCAGAUAUGGAGACAUAUCCACCACUUCCUGACAUAUUUCUGGAUAACUUCCCAACAGUUCCUUGGGCCUUCAUACUGUGUGAAUAUAUUGGGAUGGGACUGAUGCUCGUUCUGUUUUCCACGCUCUUCAUUCACAAGCACAGAUUCAUCGUUCUGCGACGCAUUUUCUCUAUUGGUGGCACAGUUUUCUUUCUUCGUUGCAUCUCAAUGGUGAUAACAUCACUGUCAGUACCUGGAAUACAUCUGGAGUGUCACGAAAAGAUGUACGGCAGCUUGUUGGAACAAUUAAAACGAGGUCUUGAGAUCUACGCUGGCAUGGGCAUGGCCACACAAGGAGUGCGGUCAUGUGGCGACUACAUGUUCAGUGGACAUACAUGCGUUCUCACCCUGCUAAACUUUUUCAUCACAGAGUGCAGGUUUUCUGCUCUAAUGUUCACCGGCUGA